AUGGAGGAAUCAGAAGAUGACAUAGCAGUUAUUGGGAUUGGAUGCAACUUCCCUGGAGGUGAAGGGAUAGACAAUUUUUGGAGGAUUCUCUCGGAGGGAAGGAACUGUGUAACCGAUAUUCCAGCAGAAAGGUUUGAUUCCAGUUUUUGGUAUGACCCUGACGAUAGCAAACCUGGGAAGACUCAGACGAACAAAGCCGCUCUCAUAGAUGGGUUUAAUGAGUUUGAUCACAAAUUUUUUGGCAUCACUAAAGUGGAGGCAGACUGCAUGGACCCCCAGCAGAAACUCCUCCUCCAGUGUGCGUACAGGGCACUCGAGGAUGCUGGGAUAUCUAUGGAGAGCAUAAGUGGAAGCAGAACUGGAGUCAUAAUAGGUCUUAUGAACAGGGAUUACGAGAUGCUCAUAAGUGACAACCCUACCACAAUAAGCCACUACAACGCCACUGGAACAGCCACGAGUGUUGCAGCCAACAGGAUCUCCUUCACCUUUAAUCUAACUGGUCCUUCUUUUGCCAUCGAUAGUGCUUGUUCCUCAUCUCUGGUGGCCUUACAUUUGGCCUGUCAGGCUAUAAAGCAAGGAGACUGUGAAAUGGUUUUGUGUGGUGGAGUCAGCUGUAUCAUAGAGCCCAGAGUGUUUGUUGCUCUCAGCAAAGCCAAGAUGAUCUCACCUGAUGGGACUAGCAAGCCUUUUUCCAUCAGUGCUGAUGGAUAUGGUAGAGGUGAGGGCUGUGGGAUACUUCUUCUGAAGCGACUCAAAAAUGCUGUAAGUGACUGCAACAAAAUAUGGGGUGUCAUCAGCAAAACAGCAGUGAACCAAGAUGGGCGUUCAGUCACUCCCAUCACCAAACCCUCCAUGGCACAACAAGAAGAACUGCUGCGCCAAAUCUACACAGUGUCUGACCUUGCAGAUGUCCAGUACAUCGAGGCACAUGGGACUGGAACUGGAAUAGGAGAUCCAUUUGAGGCACAGAGCAUCUCAAACGUAAUUGCUAAAGUCAGACCUUCAGGUUUAAGGACACUCCGGAUUGGCUCUGUAAAAGGAAACAUUGGACACACAGAAUCUGCAGCUGGAGUUGCCGGACUUAUUAAGGUACUCUUAAUGAUGAAGAAUAAAACUAUUGUUCCCUCAGUUUUCUACUCUGAGGACAAAGCCAGCAUAGAUACAAAAUCUCUGAAUUUAGCCAUCCCAACUGAAGCUGAAAGAUGGGAGACAAAUGAAUGUUCAGAAAUGGUAGCUGGAAUUAACAGCUUUGGGUUUGGAGGCACCAAUGCACAUGCUAUUCUAAAAGAGUAUAAACAGAAAACAAAUCCCACAAAGACCCCAAAAUGCUGUCCAAAAUUAUUUGUAAUAUCUGCAGUAUCACAAAAAUCAUUGAAUUUAUCUAUCAGUGACACUCAACAAAGGCUUUGCAGCAAUAAUACAAUUGACUUGGAAGCACUCUCAUACACCUCGGCAUGUGGAAGGAGUCAUUCAAGACACAAAUAUAGGAAAGUUUUCUUAACGUCUUCCCACUCAGACUUACAGUGUCAGUUAGCAUCUGCAUCAAAGAUUGAGCCAACAAAGGCAGACAUGAAGGUGGUGUUUGUAUUCUGCGGUAAUGGAGUUGCAUACAGUGGCAUGUGUAAGCAUCUCAUGAGAAACGAAGUGCAUUUUAGAGAUAAGAUCACUGAAAUUGACAGUCUUUUCAAGAGAUACACUAGCAUCAGUAUUAGUCAGAAGCUUGCUGGUAACUAUGAAGAGGAAGAUCUUACUAAACCACAUGUUGUCCAGCCUCUUCUUUUUGCAAUUCAGGUUGGCAUUGCCACACUCCUAAAACAGUGGGGAGUCAAACCUGAUGCAGUGCUUGGACAUUCUAUCGGAGAGGUUGCUGCUGCUCACUGUUCUGGUCUCUUGUCUCUUGAGGAUGCUGUGAAAGUGAUACACCACCGAAGUGCCCUUCAGAGUAAGGUUACAGGUGGAAAAAUGCUUGUUGUUAGUAAUGUGGAUGUAGAAAAUGUCUUAAAAAUCAGUACAGAGUUCAGUGGGAAAAUCUGUGUAGCCGCUUUCAACAGCCCUCAGUCUUGCACUUUGUCAGGACAUGAAGAUGCUAUAGACACCCUGCACCAGAGGCUAGGGAUCAUGUUUGCUGAUAAAAAUGUCUUUCUACAUGUUUUAGAUGUACCAACAGCGCACCAUAGCCAUAUGAUGGAUCCUAUUCUAGAUGAGAUUGAGAAGAGUAUUGAUUCUUUACAUGCCAGUAACAUGGAGUGCAAACUUUUUUCAACAGUGACAGGUGAAAGGCAUUCGGCAGGUAACUUUUGUACAGGAAGCUACUGGGCAAGGAAUGUUCGUGAACCUGUUUUGUUUGAGCAAACACUGCAUGCUGUCAGCAAGGACAUGCAGUCUGCAAAAAAUGUAGUGUUUGUUGAGAUUGCUCCUCGUAGGGCUCUUCACAGGAACAUAAAGGAAACUCUGGGAAAUGACAGUAUAAUUCUCUCUUCUGUUCAACCAGAGAAAGAUUAUGAAACGAUGUUGUUCACAGUGGCAAAAUUGUUUGAAAAGGGCAUCAAUUUGAACUGGAAUUUGCUUUACAAAGGUUGUGAAACUAUACCCACAAAAUUUCCAGUCUAUCAAUUUGAUAAUGUAAAAAAUGAAUUGAGUUUUGAAGUUUUAAGGAAAGGCAAUGAGUCAUUUGUUUCUUCUUCCCAUUCACUCAUAACCCACAUGACACAAAACAGGCAGAAUGUGUACAACCUCACAAGAGAGACUCUACCAUAUAUUUGGGAGCAUAAAAAUAAUGGUGUUUCUAUUGUGCCAGGUUCGUUUUAUGUUGAACUAGCCUAUGCCUCUUUAAUGGCAAGUUUAAGGCCAAAAAAGCCCAUCUCUUUGCUCCAGCUCAGUAUAAGAUUUCAGAAUCUGCUUGCCCUCAGCUCAAACUCUCAUCAGUUAAAUGUGACACUUGGUCAUGCAGAGAAUGAAACAACAUUCAAAAUACAGUCGACAAUUGCAACUCAUGCAUCUGGUACUUACAGGUGUACCGAUGACCAGCCAUUAAUAGAGGAACCAUGCAUUUGUCUUAGCAUGAUCUCUAAAAGAUGCAAAUCAGUUAUUCAGAGUCAAGAUGUUUAUUUGUUUCUUUCUAAAGCAGGAUUUGAGUAUGGUUCUAUUUUCAAACAUCUCAAUGAUGUUCAUUUUGGGGAUGAAUUCAAAGAGGCCAUAACAACAGUUAAGGUCCCAGGUGAACUCUUGAAACACCUACAUGACUGUUUCAUUCACCCUGUGCUACUCGAUUAUUUCCUGCAAAUGACAGCUGUGGUAGCUCUCAAGCAGCUCUCAGUCAAGAAGGCAUUCCCCUCAGCUAUUGGCAGUGUAGUGAUUUCAGCCCCCCUGCAGGAGCAUAUGGUCAUGUACUUACGAGCAGCCCAAGAAACACCAGACUUCAUUGAAGUAUGUGGUUGCUUCUCCAACAUAGAGGGGAAAGUAUUGGUGGAACUUACAGGAGUGAGGAUCUCAUUUCUAGACCAUUGCACAAAUGUUCCUCAGUCACUGUUUUUUCAUAAUGAAGUGAUCCCAAUUGCUGAAGUGCCGUACCUGCCGAGCAAAAUAAAAGCAAUCAUUUUUGAGGAUGAACUUGGCGUUACUAAAGCACUUAGACCAUACAUACACCCAGAGUCAAUCACAGUUGGAAGAGGAGAGCAUUGGACCUCAGUUCAACUUCAAGAUUUAGUGUUGAAAUCACUUAAAUCUAGAGAGGAUUUUAAAGAUGUUCUAUUCAUUUGGGGUGUAGAGGAUCUUGGUCUCAUGACAGCUGAGAAGAUGUUAGAAUUAUUGGUUAAUGUCUGUGUACUCUUUCAACACGUUGUUUUAGCCUUGAAAGAAAGCCAAUGUUCUUGCACAGUCCGUGUCAUAACAUAUAGAUCAACUGAGGUGACUGUAAACUAUAUUAGUCCCAGUUUUACCUUAUCUGGUUUGACAAGGGCUUGUGCAGUAGAGAUGACAGGACUCUCUUUUCAGCUGAUUGACCUUGCAUCUCUUACCAGUGAAAACACCAAAGCAGCAGUUCAUGUAAUCAACAACUGCAAACAACAAGAGGUUAUCAUCAACAAAGGGCAGAUAUUCACACCAAAAAUUGCACGGACUCCCACAAAGGACAGUGAUUCAUUUGAGGGUAAAGUGCAAACUGUGUAUCCUACAGACUUUGUUCUUCAGACUAGUGAUCCAUAUAAAAUGACAGACUUAUCUGCCAAACGCUGUGUCACAAAUGAAAAUGUUGUCCUAGAUCCAGGAUCAGUUGAGGUUCAACUUACAAAUGUAUGCGUUCAUUCAGCUGAUUACUUCCCUGUCAGCACCUCACAUUUGAAGUAUGGCCAAACGUUGUAUUGGAACAGACAUACAUCACAGAAUCACAAACUUGUGGCUUUAGAUUUCAGUGGCAUUGUCACGACUGUUGGAAGAAAUGUUCAGAAUCUCAAAGAAGGCGAUCAUAUUGCUUCAUGUUACCCAGUAGCAUCCACAUCAAAAAUUAUAAUUCCUGAAGCUGUGUGCUACAACACAAAGAGACUCCCAUUUCUAAAGGAGAAUCCAUGCAUGUCAUAUUUCAUACUUGCAUGGGAGAUUCUGCAUAGGAAGCUUUCUGUAGUAAAGCAACAACAUAAAAAGCUAGGUAUAAUCUCCUCAAGCCCAGCCUCUGCUCUGAUGAAGGUCUUAGCUCUGACAGCAAAUCGAUUAGGCUGGAAUGUUUCAUCUUUUCACCAUUUCAGAGUAGAGCUACCACAUUUUGACAAGAGCCAUGCACUUGUAUUUCUGCCCCCAUUUGACCACUGUUGCUGGGAGGAACAUGAUAAUGGCGUGCAUGGAAGACAUGUUGUUUUUGUGUGCACCAAUCACAUGUCUUCACACUCAUCAAAGAUAUUUGCAUCAAAGAGUGAGAACAUGCAUGUACAUGAAGUUCAUGUGGUUGAUGUUCUCCAAAAAGCCAAUCUUCGAGCACAGAGCAGAAAUAUCUUCAACUGGCUGACGUCAUUAGGGUUUGGUAUAGAAUCUCUACCUCUAAAAAGGGAGACAUUUCAGUCAAACGCUAAAGAACCCAACAGCGAUAGAGAUGCCAAGUCGUACUUCACUACAAAGAUAGUGCAGCAAGUGGUUUUAGACCACAGAGAGUCAAACUGCCCAAAGUCUGACAUUCGUCUACUCUCAAGGCCUAGACAACUUUUUAAACAGAGCUGUGUUUACAUUGUAACUGGAGGGUGUUCUGGAUUAGGAUCAGAGACAGUGAAGUUUAUUGCUCAAAAUGGAGGAGGUUGUAUUGUAACAUUGUCCAGAAGUAUUCCUACAGAUAAGAUGCAGUUAGAAAUGGAACACCUCCAGGAAAGAUAUGGUGUGAAGGUCAUGAAUCUGCAAUGUGAUGUAUCAGUUUCAGCACAGGUGGUAAAUGCGAUCUCACAGAUUGAAGAGAGAUUCUCUUCUUGGCCAGUUAAAGGAGUAUUCCACAGUGCUGCGGUAUUGCAUGAUGCCCUGAUUGAAACACUUGAUUGGUUUCUCUUCCAAAAGGUGAUGAAGCCUAAAGUGGGUGGUGUUCUAAAUCUUCAUUAUGCCACGCUUCACUACAAGCUUGACUACUUUGUGUGCUACUCAUCUAUCUCUUCAUUCAUUGGCAAUGCUUCACAAUGUAACUAUGCAGCAGCCAAUUCUUUCCUAGACAUGUUCUGUCACUAUCGGAGAAACAUUGGGCUUGUUGGACAGUGUAUCAACUGGGGCCCUUUGAACCUUGGCCUCCUGUUAAACAAAAAACAUUUCCAAAAGUUCCUGGAGGCAAAAGGGAUGAUGACAAUGGAUGUGUGGGAGGUACAUGAGGCACUGAGAAUGUGUCUCAUGAUGAACAGACCACAACAAGUCAUAUGCAAGUUCAACUUUAAAAAUCUUCAUAUUCACGUUCUUUCACAAAAUAUGUCUCUCAGAGAACGACUGUCAGCUUUGGUUCAAACUGAGCUAGAAGAUGUAAGUAAUGAGUGUAGGAGUCAGAACUUUUCUUCCACAACUCAAACUUUGAGAGCAAUUAUUAGUGACAUCACUAAUGUUAGUGUUGAUGAUCUGGAUGAUGACUCCACUCUGGCUGCACUUGGGAUUGACUCAAUGUUGGCCAUGACUCUGCAGAACAAAAUUUUCCAAGAGACCACUGUGAAUGUACCUUUGGUAAAAAUACUGGACCCCAACACUACAGUUGCAGGUUUGGUAAAAACUGUACAAAAAAAAGGUUAA